CCGAUGUUUACAUAAACCCUGCCCCCGGGAACAUGCAGCUACCCGUAAUUGGAAGGGGGUGUGAUGUUUCCGGACAACGUGCGCUAGGCGGCUAGCGAAUCACAACACACUGGGCCAGCUAACCAAUCUGAGCCCGAUUGUGUAUUUCUGAGGGAGGGGCUUCAUAGAACCACGAACUCAACAGACCGUUCUGACGAGAACGAAAACAGCGGUGUAGAAUAAAGAACCUGUUCCCCAUGCUGUCAGCGCAGCAGCUGGUGCAGAGGCUUUACCCAUACGAGGUCAUGCUGGGAAAGGAAGGCCGUACUGCAGUAGAGGGGGUCUCAGUAGGUUUGAGUUGACUGAUGGAAGCACGAAACCUUCUCCGACUGCAGUGGUGAGCGCUGAGCCUGUGAAUGGAGAUCACGCAGGACAGGCAGCUGUCACCCUCAACAUAACCAACCAGAACAUCCCCUUUCAGGUUACAUCAGGGACGUGGCCGAGUCACUCACUCAACUGCAGUUCAUCGGCACCCCCACCCACGACCGCCUGCUGUCUGAGAUGAUGCAGUCCCACCUCGGCAAAGACAUUGGUCUGAUCGGAGCCAAGGGCUGUGGCAAAUCCGUGAUUGCAAGAGAAUUUGCUGAAAUGCUGGGCUACAGCAUUGAACCAAUAAUGCUUUAUCAGGACAUGACUGCGCGGGACCUCCUCCAGCAGAGGUACACCCUGCCUAAUGGAGACACAGCCUGGAGGGCCUCCCCACUGGUCACUGCUGCUCAGGAGGGCAAGCUGGUGCUGCUGGACGGCAUCCACCGUGGCACUCUGGCUGUGCUUUCCAGGUUGCUGCAUGACCGAGAGCUAGUUCUGUAUGACAGGGCUCGACUACUGAGGUGGGACCGUUACCAGACUCUAAAAGACGAACUACAGCUCACUGACCAAGAGCUGCAAGACAGAUCCAUCUUUCCAGUCCACCCAUCAUUCCGGAUCAUCGCUCUAGCGGAGCCGCCUCAGGUCGGGAGCACCACGCAGCAGUGGCUCGGCCCGGAGAUACUCACCAUGUUUCUCACCAUCAAACCACUGGCCAAGGCUGAGGAAACUGCCGUUAUCCAGGGCAUGAUCCCAAAUGUCCCCAAAGAAGCAGUAGAACAGCUGCAAAACCUGACUCACAGUCUGAGAAAAUCCAACGAUCUAACGGCCCUGUCCCUUGCUUCUUCAUUGUCCACCAGGCAGCUGCUGAGAAUCUGUCGGCGUCUUUCUCAGUAUCCAGAGGAGAGUGUUGCUCACGCUGUGAACAAAUCCUGUCUGUCCAGGUUUCUGCCCAGCCUGGCUCGCUCACCUCUUCAGAAGAGUCUGGUGAACUGCUCAAUAGAGGAUCAGCCUGACCCAGCAUCAGAACAGAGCCAUCUCUACACCUGCACAGUAAAAGAUGGACUCCUGACCAUAGGGAACGUCUCGGUCCCUGUGUACAGCCCUGAUGAGAAGAGGAAGGUCCCGGAUGUGCUCUUUUAUGAGAAUGUUCAGCACAUGAUGGUCAUGCAGGACAUGCUGAAAGACUUCCUGUUGGGGGAACACCUGCUUCUUGUGGGGAACCAGGUAAAUGAGGAUUCCCAUCCUCAGAACGACAGUCUGCAGAGACGUCUGAGAGCAGAGCAGACGUAGAGUACACUAGCCCAGAGCGCUGGCGUCAUGCCAUGAAGCACAGCUGCAUUUGUAAAGCAUCUGGCCACCAGCUACAGGGUGAACUAGAGCUCAGUGUGCCCUAUGGUGCCCAGGCACUUGCCCACAUUCUGCACUAGAAACCUGAGGCUUUACUGCGUUUGUGUAUGGAAAGAGAGUGGGCGUCCUGACUGCUGUCACUUCAGAGUAUAGAUGGAUCGAUCGACUGAUGCACAGAACCAAUGAAAGUGUGCUAGACAUACAAAAUGAAA